AUGCGAUUGAUCCCCAUCCAUGAGCGUGUGGAGUUACCAGAGGAUUUGAUUCCGGCGGAUUCAAGAGUUGAGAUCGAUGCCAAGAUCACCGCAGGUUACUUCACCGCAGGAAAGAGAAUGACGGAGGAGGAGCUAAGCGCUGUGCAGGGCAGGCUGUGGGAAGACAUUGAUCACUGA